AUGCAACGCAUUCACGACGAAGAACAUAUAAGCACUACCCCACCACCACCACCUUACACUGUGGUUGACCAGUAUAAUGGUGCAAAUAACGUUCAAUAUCAUACACAGAAUCCAUACCCUGCUACGGUUAUAACAUCAGACGUUGACUAUCGCCUAGCACAGAAACUUCAAGACGAGGAGUAUGCAUUAUGGGUUGAUCAGAAUCAACACGACUAUCGUACUCGACCCGGAGAGCCGCCAACAGCAGGAACUGCAGCGGCAGCGGGAACAGUAAUACCUCACCAUUGUAGACCACCGAUGCCUCCAAUACCCGAACAUUCUCCAUAUAACCACCAUCAUCACCCUUGUCAAGGAGGCAAUCCUCAACAAUAUCCGGUCGUAUACGCAUCACCUAUUCAACCUCCAUUACCAUAUAGUCAGACUAUGCCAUAUGCUUCCAAUAAUGACAUUUGUGGUGAAGGACAACCAUAUUACGGAAGUAUGAAUCAAAGUAAGAAAAGCCUAUGA